AUGUCCGACCCUCAAACAUUCCCCAAGUCACCGCGAGUCCUUGCCUGCGUUUUCUGCCAGCAGCGCAAGAUGCGGCGGAAAAGGAGGUUUCCGGAGCGAGAGCUUCUGAACCGUCUUCGGAAGUACGAGGAUCUGCUCCGCCUGAAUAAUGUCAAAUUUGAUCCGCUUCAUAAGACAGAGUCGGAGGAGUCUCUUACAGCCAGUUAUGGUUCGGAGGAUGAGCAGCCUGAGUCUGAAUGGUCAUCUUGUGAGAAGUUACAGAAUGCUUAUGAGGCUAAGAAUAUAUACCACGCUAUGAAGCAUGGGUUACCAGAGCCUACAGAUGACAACGAUACCUUGAGCGAUGGUACCCUUCCCGGGGGUAUUUCUGUCGGCAAAGCCUGGGAUCAAUUCGAUACGGACGAUCACAUUCUCUUUAGUUCCCGCAACACAGCAGUCGAUCUUUCAAUUCUCCACCCGGAACCAGUUCACAUAUUCCGACUCUGGCAGAUAUAUCUGGACAAUGUCAACCCACUGCUCAAAGUCAUACAUAGCAAUCUUCAGCAACGAAUCAUCGAAGCCGCGAGCAAUAUAUUGAAUAUCAGUCCCGCGCUCGAGGCACUGAUGUUCAGUAUAUACUGUAUGGCAACUCUCAGUCUCACUGCGGAGGAAUGCGCCACCAUGUGUGGUUCGCCAAAGCAGAAUCUACUGAAGAGGUAUCAGGUUGGCUGCCAGCAGGCUCUAUUGAAGUGCGGAUUCUUACGGUCUAGUGACCGCGAGUGCUUGACUGCAUUAUUUCUCUACCUGGUCUCAGUUCAUCCAAACACAGAUCCUCGGUCCCUCUCCUCUCUGCUUGGCAUUGCAAUCCGUAUUGCGCAGCGCAUAGGUAUCCACAGCGAAGCAGCCAAUUCUCAAUGCACAGUCUUCGAAGCAGAAAUGCGCCGAAGGCUAUGGUGGUCCCUUAUACUCUUCGACUCACGCAUCAGCGAGCUAUCCGACUACAAAACCACAAUGCUAGCUCCUACCUGGGACUGCAAGGUUCCCAUCAACACUAAUGACUCUGAGCUUCGAGUGGAGAGCAAGGAGCCCCCUGUUUCCGGGAAAGUCACCGAGUCGAUCUUCGCAGUUGUGCGCGGCGAGCUGGGCGAUUUCAUCCGACAUGCGCCCUUCCAUCUCGACUUUACCAAUCCAGCCCUGAAGCCUGUUUCCAAACCGCGGGAGGGUGUUGACGACAUAGCCGCUCUGGAGAAGAUGGUCGAGGAGAAAUUCCUCCAUUUCUGUGACCCGGCGAACCCGCUUCAUUUCAUGACGAUCUGGUCGACGAGAGCACAUCUCUCGAAAAGCCGUCUCUUGGAGAACUUCUCAAAACGCCCACGCUCUUCCUCUGUACACCAACCACUAACGCAAGCCCAACGAGACGCUACUCUCUCAUAUGCCCUCCGCAUGCUCGAGUCCAACACAAAAGUCAUGACCUCACCUUUGACAAGGGGAUACGUCUGGUUCUGUCACCUGCAUUUCCCACUACCAGCAUAUAUCCAUAUCUUGCAAGACCUUAUCCAGAGACGAUCAUGGAGCAAACAGUCUCGACAGGCGUGGGAGGUAAUGAGUGAGAACUACGAAGCGUGGUUCUGUGCGUCGAACACAAACACCCCGCCCAACUCGCUCGUCAGUGACACGCUUUUCGGACAUUUCACCGCUAUCAUUCUUCAAGCUUGGGAGGCUCUCGAGACGCCUGAUCAAAAGGACAUGUUGGCUCCGCCGAGGAUUAUCUCUAGUAUCAGGCAGAAAAGGGCGGAGGUGGCUGCCGAUAUACAGAAUGUUCAUGACACAGCAUCGUCUGGCAGUGCUAUAGAUGCAAGCAUCGACGAUCUGUUUCUGUCCAUGCCCUUGCCCAUGGGCUUUGGUAACCCCAGCCCAGGGAUUGGCAUGGGUGAGCAAGAUGACUACUCCGGGAUGGACCCAAGGGUUUACUCUCACCUGUCACUUGGUGAUAUGAAUCAGUCCAACUGGGCCUCAAUGCACUGGGGUUUAGGAUAA